ACUCUGCAUCAGAAGAUCUUGACUCUUCAUCUGGAGAAUAAUUUGUUGCUUAAUAUAAAUUAUUUAUUCAACUUAUAAUUGUUAAGUUAAAAAUAACAAAGUUAUUAGUGAAAAUAACUAAGAAAGUAAAUUAUUAUAAAAUUAAUUUGCUCUCUAUAACAUCUAAUCUCUUGUAACAUUAAAAAAUAACAAUUAUGACAGAAAAAAUUAAAUCACUUUUUCAAAAGGCAAAAAUAGAUGUAAAAUUUAUGAAUGCUGGAAAAGGACACAAAUUGACAGAUUCAACUAGUACUUCUGGAUCUACUUCUAUAGUAGAACCCAUAAAGAGGGUAGAACCUACGAAAGAAGCUAAAGUAGCUGGUCAAGCAGCUUUAGCAAGAUUAGAAGCAAAAGAAUGUAACACAAAAAGAUUUAAUACAUCAUAUGCAGCUAUUAAGGCACAAGUAAAACGAGAAUUAGAGCAAGAAAGGAAAGCACAACAAAAAGCACAACAAAAAAAUCAUGUGCAAUCAGAAGAAAAAAUUGAAAAUACAAUUAAAGAUAAUUUUACAUUAGCUGUUACCAAUGUAUGCUAUCGUUGUCCAUAUUUAUCCGAUGAAAUAUUAUCACAAGAUGAAUGGAAAAUAAAAAUAAAAAAAUUUUUAUAUGAACAAUUGAAAGGAGAAGAAGCAGGUUUAACAUCAUGUUUAAUUAUACGAAAUUGUAAUAGUAAGAAAGAAAAAGUUGACAUUUGUGUUGAAACACUUGGAAAAUAUUUAGAAAAUAUUAUAAAUUAUCCAGAGGAAGAAAAGUAUAAGAAAAUUAGAAUGCAGAAUAAAAUAUUUCAAGAUAAAGUAAUGCCAAUUGAAGGCGCAUUAGAAUUUUUAAAUGCAGCUGGUUUUCAUCAGAAAAAGAUACUAAAUAAUGAUAAAGAAGAGGAUUUCUUAAUUUGGAGUGUUGAUAAUUGUAGUAUUGAAGAUGUUACAACGUUAUUUGAGGCACUAAAAACUGCACAGCCCAUUCCACUUGAACUAGAUAGAAAUCUUCAAGUAUUGUUACCUAUGCAAGCAAGCACAAGAACUGAAUUACCACCAAGUUUUUUCAAUUUAAGUCCUGAAGAUAUAGAAAAAGAACAACAACUUCGAAGCGAAGCAGUUGAAAGAGAUCAGAUGUUAAGAACAAAAGCUAUGAGAGAAAGAGAUGAAAAACAAAAACUUAGAAAAUACAAAUUCUCAUUGAUUCGUAUCAAAUUUCCAGAUAAUCUUAUUUUACAAGGAACAUUUUUUGUACAUGAAACUUUUCAAAAUGUUGUUAAUUUUGUUAGUGAGAACUUGAUAAAUAACGAAAGACCAUUCAGUUUAAAAAAGCUUCCUCAAACAACUUUUAGUGAAGAUACUUUUGAUAAAACUUUACUUGAAUUGGGGUUAUUUCCUGCUACUCUUUUGAUGUUUUUUUGGAAAAAUAAAUCAGAAGAAACAAAUCUCAAUGAAUCUGUAGGAUACUUGAAAGAAGAAUUACUUUCUAUGAUUCAACCUGCUUAAAAAAUUAUUCUUUAUACAAUUUGGAAAAAUCUUAUUUAAUCUUUAUGAAUUGUGAUUAUAAAUGUUGAAAGAGAUAAAAAUAAGUAUCUCAACGCGACUUACUUUUUUUUCAUACAAUAGAAAUAAUAUGAUAAAAAGCAGUUGUAAUAUAUAUAUUCAUUCCAAGUUCUAAUGAAAUAUGAAAUUACAGUAGAGCUCUGUGUAAUGUAGAGAUAAUAUGUUUUGUUUCCUUUUCUAUUGUUCUUCAAUAUUUUUCAAUAAAAUUUAUGUGAUUGUUAGAUUUAAAUGUAAUACUCUUUUAAAAGAAAAAAGGGUAUUAUUCAAAAUUGCUUUCAUAAAAAUUUUAGAAGUAAUCACAUUAGUUUAAAGUCAGGAGAUAUAUCUUAACACAUUCAUUUUCUUAUAUAUCCAUAAU